CGAAUCCGACGAGGACGUGAACGCAUCAACAGCUCCAACUGCAGCAGAGCAGCUAGCCUACCUGACUAUCGGAAGGUAGCUAAGUUAGCUGCGUAUGAAAAUGACACACUAGAUGUAAACCUGAAAGAUAAAAACAAAACUGGACGCCCUAAUAACGUCUUAACUAUAGAUGCUGAGGGAGACCUGUCAGGAUGUAUGCUGUGUACAGACAAGCCCAUACCCCCACUGCGGUAGAGUUCUCUGUCUACUGUAACUUCAUAUCCAACAAGGAGAAGAAUUUGGUCGUUGCUGGAACGUCUCAGCUCUAUGUCUACAGGAUAAUCCACGAUGUGGAGAGUACCUCAAAGACUGACAAGUCUUCAGAUUCCAAGUCUCGUAAGGAGAAGCUGGAGCAGGUGGCAGCCUUCUCUCUCUUUGGCAAUGUUAUGUCCAUGGCCAGUGUGCAGCUUGUGGGAGCCAGCAGAGAUGCUCUCCUGCUCAGUUUCAAAGAUGCAAAGUUGUCAGUGGUGGAGUAUGACCCAGGAACACAUGACCUCAAAACACUCUCACUUCAUUUCUUUGAGGAGCCAGAGCUCAGAGAUGGAUUCGUACAGAAUGUACACAUUCCCAUAGUUCGUGUGGAUCCAGAGAAUCGCUGUGCUGUAAUGCUGGUUUAUGGCACCAAACUUGUGGUGCUGCCAUUCAGAAAGGACACUCUCACUGAUGAGCAGGAAGGGGUCGUUGGGGAAGGACCCAAAUCCAGCUUUCUACCCAGCUACAUCAUUGAUGUCCGUGAGCUAGAUGAGAAGCUCCUGAACAUCAUUGAUAUGAAGUUCCUCCAUGGCUACUAUGAACCCACAUUGCUCAUCCUGUAUGAGCCCAACCAGACAUGGCCGGGGCGUGUGGCUGUGCGGCAGGACACUUGUAGCAUCGUUGCCAUCUCCCUCAACAUCAUGCAGAAGGUCCAUCCCGUCAUCUGGUCCCUGAGCAAUUUGCCCUUUGACUGUACACAGGUCAUGGCUGUUCCCAAGCCCAUCGGUGGUGUAGUGGUGUUUGCUGUGAAUUCAUUGCUGUACUUAAAUCAGAGUGUUCCUCCAUAUGGGGUCUCUCUCAAUUCACAAACAACUGGGACCACUGCCUUCCCACUGCGUGUACAGGAUGAAGUGAAGAUCACACUAGACUGCUCCCAGUCUGCCUUUAUCGCCUAUGAUAAGAUGGUUAUUUCUUUGAAAGGAGGAGAAAUUUACGUGUUAACCUUGAUAACUGAUGGCAUGAGGAGUGUCCGGGCUUUCCACUUUGACAAGGCAGCUGCCAGUGUCCUUACCACCUGUAUGAUGACCAUGGAGCCUGGCUACCUUUUCCUGGGUUCUCGCCUCGGAAACUCGCUGCUUCUGAAGUAUACAGAGAAGCUGCAGGAGACGCCACCAGAGGAGGGGAAAGAAAAGCAAGACAGGGACAAGGAGAAAGAUAGGGAUAAAGAGAAGCAGGAGGAACCGCCAAGCAAAAAGAAAAGAAUGGAUUCUUCCACUAAUUGGACUGAUGAGGUGGAUGAGAUUGAAGUAUAUGGUAGUGAAGCCCAGUCAGGCACUCAGCUGGCCACUUAUUCCUUUGAGGUGUGUGACAGUAUAUUGAACAUUGGACCUUGUGCCAGUGCCUCCAUGGGUGAACCCGCUUUCUUGUCUGAAGAGUUCCAGAGCACCCCUGAGCCUGACCUGGAGGUUGUGGUAUGCUCUGGGUAUGGCAAAAAUGGUGCACUCUCUGUACUUCAGCGAAGCAUCCGACCCCAAGUCGUCACUACCUUUGAGCUGCCAGGUUGCCAUGAUAUGUGGACUGUGAUCUCAAGUGAGGUCAAAGAAGACAAAAAAGCUGUAAAAGCAGAAGAGUCAGAGGACAGUGUUGAGACUGAGACCACUGAGGAUGGUGAUGAGGAAGAUAAGGAGAAGGAGGAGAAGGUGGUGGAGGACAAGGAGAAGACGGAGCCUUCCAUGGAGGAUGAUAAGAAGAUGCAUGGCUUCCUCAUUCUGAGCAGAGAGGACUCAACCAUGAUUCUUCAGACAGGGCAGGAGAUCAUGGAACUGGACACCAGUGGAUUUGCCACCCAGGGACCCACUGUCUUUGCUGGAAACAUUGGUGACAACAAGUACAUUAUCCAGGUUUCGCCCAUGGGCAUACGGCUGCUGGAAGGAGUGACACAGAUCCACUUCAUCCCGGUGGACCUGGGCUCUCCCAUAGUGCAGUGCUCCGUGGCGGACCCCUUUGUCGUCAUCAUGACCGCAGAGGGAGUGGUCACCAUGUUUGUACUGAAAAGUGACUCGUACAUGGGGAAGACACACCGGCUGGCCCUGCAGAAACCACAGAUCUCCAGUCAAUCUCGUGUGAUCACACUGUGUGCAUACCGCGAUGUCAGUGGGAUGUUCACCACAGAAAACAAAGUGAGUUGCUCGGUUAAAGAGGACAUGCUCGCCAGAACCCAGUCUGAGACGGAGACCAUCAUCCAAGAUAUGAGUAACACAGUGGACGAUGAGGAGGAAAUGCUGUAUGGAGACUCUAACACCAGUGCAACAUCUACAAAGGACGAUGUGGGCCGCAGCUCUGCUGGACCAAUGCCCUCUGAGAGUGAGGGAGGCUCAGGCAAAGCAGACCCCACCCACUGGUGCAUGAUAGCGAGGGAGAACGGUGUGAUGGAGAUUUAUCAGCUCCCAGAUUGGCGAUUGGUGUUCCUGGUGAAGAACUUCCCCGUUGGCCAGAGAGUGCUUGUUGACAGCUCCUCUGGCCAAUCAGCAACACAGGGGGAGGGUAAAAAAGAGGAAGUAACACGACAGGGAGAGAUCCCAUUGGUCAAAGAGGUGGCUUUGGUUUCACUUGGCAGCAAUCACAGCAGACCAUACCUUCUUGUUCACGUGGAGCAAGAGCUUCUGAUCUAUGAGGCUUUCCCCUAUGAUCAGCAGCAGGCUCAAAGCAACUUGAAAGUGCGCUUCAAGAAAAUGCCACAUAACAUCAACUUCAGAGAGAAGAAAUCAAAGCUCAAAAAAGAUAAGAAAGCAGAGGGUGGCAUCGAAGAGAGCGCAGCUCUGAAAAGCCGGGUUGCCAGGUUCAGAUACUUCGAGGACAUCUCUGGCUACUCAGGGGUUUUCAUUUGUGGACCGUCUCCUCAUUGGAUGCUGGUCACCUCUCGGGGAGCCAUGAGGCUUCACCCCAUGACUAUCGAUGGCUCCAUCGAGUCUUUCUCACCUUUCCAUAACAUCAAUUGCCCCAAAGGUUUCCUCUACUUCAACAAACAGGGAGAGUUGCGGAUCAGCGUCCUGCCCACCUACCUGUCCUAUGAUGCCCCUUGGCCAGUUAGGAAGAUCCCCCUGAGAUGUACUGUGCACUAUGUCUCCUACCAUGUUGAAUCCAAGGUGUAUGCCGUCUGCACCAGUGUGAAAGAGCCUUGCACUCGCAUCCCCAGGAUGACUGGAGAGGAGAAGGAGUUUGAGGUCAUAGACAGAGAUGAACGCUACAUCAACCCUCAGCAGGAGAAGUUUUCUAUCCAACUCAUCUCUCCUGUCAGCUGGGAGGCCAUCCCCAACACACGGAUCGACUUGGAGGAGUGGGAACAUGUGACCUGUAUGAAGACGGUGGCCCUCAAGAGCCAGGAGACGGUGUCUGGACUGAAGGGUUACAUAGCAGCAGGGACCUGCCUGAUGCAGGGGGAGGAGGUCACCUGUAGGGGCCGGAUUCUGAUCCUGGAUGUAAUUGAAGUGGUGCCAGAGCCAGGCCAGCCCCUCACCAAGAAUAAGUUCAAAGUCCUUUAUGAGAAGGAACAGAAGGGACCAGUCACAGCUCUGUGUCACUGCAACGGAUACCUGGUUUCAGCCAUUGGCCAGAAGAUUUUCCUUUGGAGCCUGAAGGACAAUGACCUGACUGGCAUGGCCUUCAUCGACACCCAGCUCUACAUCCACCAGAUGUACAGCAUCAAGAAUUUUAUCUUGGCUGCCGACCUUAUGAAAAGCAUCUCACUGCUUCGCUACCAGGAGGAGAGCAAGACGCUGUCGCUCGUCAGCAGGGAUGCAAAGCCCUUGGAAGUUUACAGCAUCGAAUUCAUGGUGGAUAACAAUCAGCUUGGAUUCUUGGUGUCAGAUCGAGACAAGAAUCUCUCCGUAUACAUGUAUUUACCUGAGGCCAAAGAGAGCUUUGGUGGUAUGCGCCUGUUGAGGCGAGCUGAUUUCAACGCUGGAGCUCACAUUAACACCUUCUGGAGGAUGCCCUGCAGGGGAGCUCUGGACACUGGCAGCAAGAAGGCUCUGACCUGGGAUAACAAGCACAUCACCUGGUUUGCCACACUGGACGGAGGGAUUGGGUUGCUCCUCCCCAUGCAGGAGAAGACCUACCGCCGACUGCUGAUGUUGCAGAACGCUCUCAACACCAUGCUGCCUCAUCAUGCCGGCUUAAAUCCAAAGGCCUUCAGAAUGCUGCACAGCGACAGACGAACGCUGCAGAAUGCCGUGCGGAACAUUCUGGAUGGAGACCUCCUCAAUAAGUACCUGUACCUGAGCACCAUGGAGCGCAGCGAGCUGGCCAAGAAGAUCGGCACCACGCAAGACAUCAUCCUGGACGACCUUCUGGAGAUUGACAGAGUAACGGCUCAUUUCUGAGCCCCACAUUCUCAUGUCUUCAUCAUCCACUGAAUGCUGUUUUAUAGUGCAUGGGGAAAAUGCUUUGUUAUGGCCAUCCUCAUGGAAACUUGAAUUGUUUUUGUUAUACGUUAGACCUCAUGUUUUCCUAGAAUAUUUUGUACACAAAAUUAAAAAUAAUUACAUAACC